GUUCAGUUCAAGUCUAGUCAGCUCCAGCGACUCGUCGACCCGACCCGACCGUCUCUCGUGGUGGUCCUCGAAGGGACGACGCCAGCGCACGGAGCCGAGUCGAGCCGACCCAGCGGAGUUCGAGCCGAGCGGAGCCGAGCCGGGCCGCCCCGAAGCAUCCCCGGGCCGGCGCAUCUUAGCGCCCCAGCCAAGCGCAGGAGGCUCUUUGUUUACCUGUUGUGUGUGUGUGUUCGCGCGCUCGCCUGCGCGUGUGUGAGUGUGUUGGGCCCCAAGUGCCGCAGCUCGCCGCCCGCGCGUUUGUGGGUGUGAGUGUCAGUGCCAAGUGACGGACGACGGCGACCCUCCGGGUGCCCGCCGAGGACAAGUUUUACCAGUGCCCCAUUGUGGCUCACCGGAUCCUGAAUGGGAGGCGCCAGACGCACGGAUGAACAGGCGCCUCUGUCUGUUUGUGCGGAGAAAAGCUUAGGGAUGAAGGUGAAUUGAAGAUGGCCUCCCCAACCUCAUCAUUGGACUCAAUACCAGCUGCAAAUUCCAUCGAGUCACUGAUUGAGUCAGAGUUCCGUUCUAUCUCGCCCCAGUCAUUGCCCAACUCUUCACCAAUCACUGUGAAUGGGUCAUCAUCUUCAAGCAACAGCAGUGUCAACUUCAAUGGACUGAACGGAAACUUCAAUACAAAGUGUGGAUUAUGCCAUGAUACAUUCACAAACCCUAAAGUACUACCGUGCUUCCACACCUUCUGUGAAUCCUGCUUGGAACGCAAUCAAGAUCAUCCCGAGAAGUUAACUUGCGCCACCUGCCAGCAAGAGUGCAUUCUUUCUUCAUACGGAAUAUCAGGCCUUCUCUCAGACUUCUCUGUCAACAGUGUCCUUGGUGACAUAAUCAACGAGGACGCAAACCCCAAGUCCUCUAAUCCACGCUGCACAGGCUGUCGAGGCUCAGACUUUGAGGCUGUUGCCCGCUGUGUUGACUGCAGUAACUAUUUGUGUCCCAACUGCGUGAUGGCUCACCAGUUUAUGCAUUGCUUUGAAGGCCAUAGAGUAAUGAAUUUUAGUGAGCUGCAACUUCAGAAUGGAGGGAAAGAAGAAAUUAAGUCAGCAGUGGACAAAGUUGUCUUCUGCCCUCGCCACAAAACAGAUGCCUUGAAAUACUUCUGCCGCUCAUGUAAUGUUCCUAUAUGCAAGGAAUGCACUAUGCUGGAUCAUCCAAAUGGCAUCCAUGACUAUGAACACAUUAGUGAUGUGGGACCUAAACAGGUCGAGUUGAUGAUCCAAGCAGUCCAGGAGGGAAAAGUGAAAGCCACAGACAUCCGGAACAUGUUAAAGAACUUGGAACAUUCCUCAGGGCGCCUUUCUGUCCAAUAUCACAAAGCUCAGAAUGAAAUAAAUGAGACCUUUCAGUUUUAUCGAUCCAUGUUAGAAGAGAGGAAACAAGAAUUGUUGAAAGAGCUGGACAGUGUGUUCUCUGCUCGUCAAGUUGCUUUGAAUGUACUAAAUCAGAAAGGUCAAGAAACUGUUGAUAAAAUUUAUCAAACCUGUGAUUUUGUGGAGAGGCUUACCAAGUAUGCCAGCACUGCAGAAGUUCUUAUGUUCAAAAAGCUGCUGGACUCAAAGCUUCUGGCACUGGCAUCUUUUAAUCCUGAUACAAGCCUAACAAAUGCUGCUUGUGACUUAGAAUUUGUUUCCAACUACCAAGCCAUCCAGAAUGCUCUUAUGUUGCAGGUUGGCGUACGCAACACCUUUGGGUAUGUGAGAUCUGCUUCAGAAGUAAAUGUUGGCCCAAGCAAGCAACCACCUAUUGCCCGACCUACCAAUGGAACAGUCCACGUCAAUGGAAGCAUCUCAUCCAAUGGAUCUUCUAAUGGGACUCCUAUUGCCAUCAGUGGCACUGGUGGCAUUCAUAACGCUAUCAAUGGUGUCAAUGGAGGUUUGAAUGGUGUGAUGGAUCGGCCUUACAAUGGCAUGGGCUCUUCACCUAGUCCUACAGCAUCUCCUUAUGAAUCAAACGUCAUUUCCAAGAGAUUUAGCUCAGCCAACAGUCUGGGUCCAUUCUCCUCCACUCUUGGAGAUUUAAAUUUGAAUGGCAUCAAUCCUUACGAGAAAUGGUCAAAUGGUGGUGAGCUUUACCAGAAUGGAGGAAGUGACCACUAUUCUCUUUCAUCUGGAAGCCAUGGAGAUGUCAUGGAUUUGACUUCAAAACUUCAGCUUUCUACAUCCAUCUUCCCACCCAAGUCUCAGAUCAAGCGUCAAAAGAUGAUAUACCAUUGCAAAUUUGGCGAAUUUGGAGUUAUGGAGGGACAGUUUACAGAGCCAAGUGGUGUAGCAGUCAAUGCCCAGAACGACAUAAUAGUGGCAGACACUAAUAACCAUCGCAUCCAAAUGUUUGACAAAGAAGGACGAUUCAAAUUUCAAUUUGGAGAGUGUGGGAAACGUGAUGGUCAACUCCUGUAUCCUAAUCGAGUUGCAGUGGUUCGUACAUCUGGUGACAUAAUUGUUACUGAGCGCUCGCCGACUCACCAAAUUCAGAUCUACAACCAAUAUGGGCAGUUUGUCCGCAAAUUCGGCGCCAACAUCCUACAGCACCCUAGAGGUGUCACUGUUGACAACAAAGGACGCAUUGUUGUUGUUGAAUGUAAAGUCAUGAGAGUUAUAAUCUUUGAUCAGUCUGGUAAUGUCCUGCAGAAGUUUGGCUGCUCCAAGCAUCUUGAAUUUCCAAAUGGUGUUGUUGUUAAUGAUAAGCAAGAGAUCUUUAUCAGUGACAACCGUGCUCAUUGUGUGAAGGUGUUCAACUAUGAAGGUGUCUUCCUGCGUCAAAUUGGUGGUGAGGGUAUCACCAAUUACCCAAUUGGUGUUGGCAUAAAUGCCGCUGGAGAAAUUCUUAUUGCUGAUAAUCACAACAACUUCAACCUUACCAUCUUCACCCAAGAUGGACAACUUGUGUCAGCAUUGGAGUCCAAAGUGAAGCAUGCGCAAUGCUUCGAUGUGGCAUUAAUGGAUGAUGGUUCAGUGGUGCUUGCCAGCAAGGAUUACCGUCUGUACAUAUAUCGUUACGUGCAGGUGCCCCCAAUUGGUCUGUAAAGAGAUCAUUUGCUCGCACUCUUAACACCACUCAAGACUUUGCUUCUAGCCAAUAAGCUUGUUCAUCUCAGAUGAAUUGUUCUAAAGCAUUUCAUCUCUGUGAUAUGGUGUAAAGUGCAAGACUGAAGUGACUUAACCUCGCCCGGUGUAUGUAAGCUAUGAAAUUUCCUGGUGAGAUUUUGUCAAGUUUACCAUGUGUGAAGUCAUGAAUUACCGAAGCAAUGCACAUGUGAUUGUUAGGGUUUCUACCCAAAUUUGUUGAUCAUGUCCGUUAUAAGUGCUUUAUAGCAAGAUGUUUCUUCACUGUUAAGCACAUUAUCACUCAUUCCAGAUGUUGGUUUACCUGGCUACUCAGCUGGUGCUAUUUAAUGGACAAUUGUUUCUUCCUACCUGAGCUGUAGGUAAGAUUGUGGCCAGUUUGUACAACGUUAUUGAUGUUGUUGUUGCUGUAUUUAUAACAUAUCUAUCUUUAUUUGGCGUCUGGAUGGACAUGCUGAUGGAAAGAUCUCUCCAUUGUUGCAUUUUUCUACUUAAGACAUUGUGGAGUUCAGUCCACUAGAAAACCAUUCCGUAAUAUUUGUUAGUGCGUUCUAUCAGGAGUGGUGUGCCAAGAUUUGCUGAAUAUUACAUAUUGUUUUGUAGAGCUCUGAAGUAGAUCCUCUUACCCUGACAUAAAUGUUAGAUUUAGAUUAUAGUUAGUUUUGUAAUUUAAACUGUUACAUGUGUGUUGAGAGUUUCUUUAAUUGGCUGGUGGACUACAUAGCCCUGCCUGUAAUGCUGAGGCACACAUUUUAGACAUUUCCUUUCAUGCAUCAUUGUUGAUUUUUAUGUCAAAGUGAACCAGCAGCAUUGUUUUGACCAAGAACUUUUUAAAAUUUAUUGAUCAGGGGAUUAUGGUAGUAGCAAUUGCUAGACAAGUUGUUGGAGUUGAAAAAAGUGGUGCCUGACCUUUACAAACAUGUUUGGCAGAAUUGAAAGCCCUCUUCUUUCUGGAGCUCUAUUUUUAGUAUAUGCUGUUCGUGUUUUCUUGCACUGUAAAUUAAGACGUGAGAUCCGUUUUGCACAGUUUAAGGGCAAUAUGUGAUUGAUUGGAGAGAUUACUAAGAUUUUUAAUGCAAGGAAUCCAAAGAGGAACCACUGCUCCAUGUUGUUUUUAUUUUCUUUUCCUAAGACUGCUAUAGAUUUAUAAUGUGCAGUGUUUGGUUUGUUUUUGUUAUGCUGCCCUUGGGGAGUAUGUGAAGUACCGGCCAUGGCCGACGCAUGCUAGUCACUCUAAUGUGUUAGAUCCUACCUUCCAUGACGCCUCGGAUUUCUACAAAGUAUCCAAAGGCUUUUCUAUUAAAUGCUGUUUUUAUUUUUAUUUGUUAUCUUUUUUAAGUUUGGCUUAGAGAAUCUGGUUGGAUUAUUGAUGCACUGCAAUAUUAGUCCUCAUUUGUCAAAUAUUCUUUUUCCUGUUUUAAGUAUGCUGCCAGAGUUUAAGAUAAAAGACGCAGUCGGUUACGAAGAAGUUUUUUUUUUUUUUCAUUUCCGUUUUGUUUAUCACUGAUGUUUUGAUUGCAUGAGUUGUACUUGAAGUAUAUUAAAUAUGUAACUUAUGCUGUAGUUGAAUAGAUUGAGAUUGUAUGGUCCAAGUAUUACUUGUGUUUCUGUUUUCAAAGCCAAGAGAUUGUUAUAUCAAUAGGACUCUUGUAUUACUGUUUUAACACCAUCACAUUUAUUUUUCCUUUUUCUUUUUCUUUUGUAUUUUAUCUAUGUACUGAGGUAUAAGUUACCAUACCAGAAGUAGCUACCAUGUUACAGCAAUUUUGCACUGUUUGAACCAGUUGAUUGUUAUUUCAAGUGUAACUCUGCUGUUCUCAUUCCUACCUUUGAGUAAUACUGGUACUUUCUCUUGGAUUUGAAACUGGUAGAUAUAAUUAGAUCUGCUGAGUCAUUAAUGUGGCCAAAACUUCUCAAGAAAGGUUUCCUUUCUUUGUUUUUUCUUUAAAUGUGCUCAAUUUAGUGUGUUCUGUUCCGUUAAGUUUUGUUUUUAUUGAUUUGAACGAGCAAUAUGUGAAAUCUUUAGGCCUGGAUAGUUGUCCAAAUUUCCUUAAAGGCAAUAUAGGGAUUCAUUCCUGAGGCCAACACUCUCAUAGUUGAUAAGCGCCAAGUAGAGGCAAAUUCUGAAUUUGAGCUUUCAUGCUAAUAGCUUUGUAGACUGCAGAGUGUACUGGUCUUGCAUUGUUUUAAUUUCAAAUUUCCCCCUUGCAAUAAAUGGUUUUGUUUGAACUGAUGUUGACUUUUUUAGUUUUGUGAGUAGUUAUGUUCAACACUUCCCUUCUUGCAUUUUAAUUUCAAUCUGACCGGCUGUAGAUUGUCCCCCAUGACAAGAACAGCAGCCAACUUUCAUUUGCUAAAAGAUCUUUAAGCGGUCUUCUACCGCUCUCUUUGUAGGUAUGUAAUAUUUUCAAGUAUUUUUGUACUUUUUUGUAUUUGCUCUAACUUUUACAUUGUCUACUCACUAUUGCUGUGUCUAUCUUGGUAUUUCACAUUGGUAUUUUACUUUUUUCCAAACAUGAAGGGGCAGAAUUUGGUUAUUGAGAGAGUGUCUUUGUGUGAAUGUGUGUAUGUAUGUAUGUAUGUAAAGGAAAUUUGUCUAUCACCAUUUGUCCCAAUAAGUAGUUUUGAUAUUUUCUUGAUGUUAGCUUAAGUUUGCCAAACAAUGUGUGUGUACAGAUAAGGCACAUUCUGCCUGUAAUGCCUCUUGCCAAUGUUCACAAUGUCAGAAGUUCAAUUAUCAGCUUGAGUACAGAGGUUUGCCAAGAAUUUGUUGCAUGAUUCCUUUCAAAGGGAAAGACUGAAUCUAAAAGUGGUUAGCUUAAAAGACGUGUAUUUAAAAGUUUAAUGUUGUUGUCAUUCUGAAAUUUCUUUGCAUUGACCAGUUAAAUAUGAUACUAAAGAGAAAACGAAAGAUAUAUAUUUUCCCACAGUUGAGCAUCUCACUGCUAACUUUACACUGAGGCUGUUUUGGUCUUUACCUCGGUGCUGCAUUUUUGUUAUUUUGAGGGUUUUGACGACCUGUUUUGUUUAAUUUGAAUAAGUAUCGAGUGAUCUGUGAGGUCCUUGUCAAUUAAUCUUGGGAACAUGUGACAUUGUGUAUUGUUUGGUGUUGGUCCCUUCGCCUCAAGUUGACACCCCACUUAUUACAUGGGUGUCCAUUGGUUGCUUUUCUUAUGAAACAUCUGAAGACAAUGAAUUUAAAAUGCUGUUUGCCACUUAACAUUUCUUUACCAAGACUCACAUAUUCUAAACUUUGUUUUUAUACCAAUAGUAAUGUUUGCAUCUGUUUUAUUGUUGAUGUUUCUUCCAUUGUUUGAAAUAAAAGACUUAUUAUCAGAAGUA